AUAAAAAAAGAGUAAUUCUUUUAUACACAAUGUAGUGAGCUAAAAUUACGAGUAAUAGAGGCUUGACUAAAUGAAAUAGAAGGACUUCUCAAAAAAAAGGAAUAAAAAUGGGGAUUCUGAAGGAUAUGUUGGGAAGAGUGAAUUCAACAACGGAAUUGACUAUAAAAAAAAUUAGAAUACUUAUUUAGAUGAUUGUGUUGAUAAUUAUCAUAAAUAAAAGAAAUCAGACAAUGAAACUAAUUGGUAUAAUCCAAGGAGGGAUAGAGAGCCGAAUGGGGAAUUAUAAGUGGUCUUGAAUGGCAAUGUCGUAACAAUUUUGAAACAACAAAUAAAGACAAACCAAAAGAGAUAGAAUAGAAAAUAUAGUGAUUAAGAGACUUACGCAAUGAGCAAUAAUAUUUCAGGUCCUAAAUUUAGUGAUAUUCCAUGUCCACAGUUUCUAAACAUCUGAGUACAUUGAGUCAUUAAAAAAUUAUUGAAAUAUUUAAUCCUGAUUUCACCA